AUGUAACCCUGUCAAACUCAAAACCCACAUAAACUCCUAGAGUCCAUGAUCCUCUAGUCAGCAACACUUGAAGAUGUAAACUCAUUCAUAAACUCACACAAUAAUGAAUUAAACUAAUCCUGGAAUCAUGAAUUAAAGGAAGAAUUUGAAAGAGCAACAAAAUUGGAUUCUUUAACCCUUGUGGAACAAUAUUAAAUCAUUAAAGAUCAGGCCCUUGCAUCAUAAAUCCUAACUCCUUAUUUACUUGUUUAACAAUCCUAAGACACCUUAGAUUUUGGAAAUUUGGGCUUGUUAUUUCAAAAUUAUAGUUAAGAUCAAAAUAUGGAUUCUAUAACAUCAGACGAUGAUCCCCUUGAAUCAACCCAUGGCUCAUACACAUAGCCAGAUUCCGAAAGCUAAAGCUUUGACAAGCAGCAAGUUCAUAAAAAAUCACAUAAUAAGACAAGAACUGACACAAUUUGGAAGAAAACACUAAGAGCUUUCAGACUCUUCUAAAAGAACCAAUUCUUAAAAAUUAUUGGAAGAAAACUCACCCCUGCUUAAUUUCAAGGGUCGCCAUCUCGAAUUCAUUAGUAAAUAGCAAAACUAGACAAAAUGAAAAACAUUCUAUUCGAUAUUUAAGGUGAUAGCUAUACAAACCUUUUGAAAAUUUACUAUGGAAUAUAUGGCAACACCCAUAACUCAUAAGACAGAGUCUAAUUUUUCAAUGAUGAUCUCAAUAAAAUUUUGUUCGAAAGAUGGAUGACUUUAUAUUUUGAUGAUUUUAUUGAGAACCUACCUCAAGGAAAAUACUUCAAGGAUGAACUCAUUAACUUCUUGAAGGACCUAACAAAUUACAAUGUCAGCUAUCGAUUGUCACACAAAAUUAAGUAGAUGACAUCAAAUGGACCAAAGAAGAGAGGUAGACCUUGCAAAUCAUCUCCUUCAUCUUCUGAAAAAAUUGAGACAAAUAAUUUUUGA